AAGCAUCACAGUUUGUCGCCGUCGUUCGUGGGAGCUAUAUAUACAUAGUUUCUGCUCUGUGUUCUUCUGUUUUCGUCUUCUGAUUGCGCCUUCCGACAUGGGCGACGCCAUGAAUGUGAAGGUUAAGGACAUCGAGAAGCUAUUCUCAACGGAUGGCUACUUGAGGCCUUUCGAACGUGAGAUUCGACGACGACACGGCGUACUCCAGGAGUGGCUGGACAAGAUCAACCAAGGCGAUGGCGGUAUGGACCAGUUCACGCAGGGAUACAAAUACUACGGCCUGCACUUUCAGCCGGACAACUCGGUGAUUGCUCGUGAGUGGGCACCGGGCGCCAAGAAUGUCUAUCUGGCAGGCGACUUCAACAACUGGCACUGGGAGUCGCAUCCCUUCAGGAAACUUGACUUUGGCAAGUGGGAACUGCAUUUGCCCCCCAAUGCAGACGGCAGUCCACAGAUCAAGCAUCUGAGCGAGAUUAAGAUCAUCAUACGGAACCAUUCUGACCAUUUGCUGGAUCGCCUGUCGCCCUGGGCCAAGUAUGUGGUGCAGCCGCCCAAGGAGGCCAACCAGGGAGUUAACUACAAGCAGUACGUGUGGCAGCCACCAGAAUCGGAGCGCUACCAGCGCCAGCAUUCCCGUCCAGCCAGGCCCAAGUCCUUGAGGAUUUACGAGUGCCAUGUGGGCAUUGCGUCGCAGGAGCCACGCGUGGGCACCUACGAUGAGUUUGCCGAUCGCAUUGUGCCCCGCAUCAAGCGGCAGGGGUAUAACUGCAUCCAGGUGAUGGCCGUCAUGGAGCACGCCUACUACGCCAGCUUUGGCUACCAGGUGACCAGCUUCUAUGCCGCGUCCAGCCGAUGCGGCAAUCCGGAGCAGCUGAAGCGAAUGAUUGAUGUGGCCCAUUCCCAAGGCCUCUACGUCCUGUUGGAUGUGGUCCACUCGCAUGCUUCGAAGAAUGUGCAGGAUGGAUUGAACCAGUUUGACGGCACCAACAGCUGCUUCUUCCACGACGGAGCCCGUGGCGAGCACUCCCUGUGGGACAGUCGUCUGUUCAACUAUGUGGAGUACGAAGUGCUGCGUUUCCUGCUGUCCAACCUGCGCUGGUGGCACGACGAGUACAACUUUGAUGGCUACCGCUUCGAUGGCGUCACCUCAAUGCUGUACCAUUCGCGGGGCAUUGGCGAGGGCUUCAGCGGCGACUACAAUGAGUACUUUGGCCUGAAUGUCGACACGGAUGCCCUCAACUAUCUGGGCCUGGCCAAUCAUAUGCUGCACACGCUGGACCCAGAGGUUAUCACCAUUGCGGAGGAUGUCUCGGGAAUGCCAACGCUGUGCCGUCCCGUCUCGGAGGGAGGCAUUGGUUUCGACUAUCGCCUGGGCAUGGCCAUACCGGACAAGUGGAUAGAGCUGCUCAAGGAGCAGAGCGACGACCAGUGGAGCAUGGGGGACGUGGUACACACCCUAACCAAUCGCCGCUGGAUGGAGAACACGGUGGCGUACGCAGAGUCACACGAUCAGGCCCUCGUCGGGGACAAGACCAUCGCCUUCUGGUUGAUGGACAAAGAGAUGUACACGCACAUGUCCACACAGUCGGACUCCACUUUGAUUAUCGAUCGUGGCCUGGCGCUGCACAAGAUGAUACGCCUGAUCACACACGCCCUCGGUGGAGAGGCCUAUCUGAACUUCAUGGGCAAUGAGUUUGGACAUCCCGAGUGGCUGGAUUUCCCCCGCGUGGGCAACAACGAUUCGUAUCACUAUGCCCGCCGCCAGUGGAACCUGGUGGACGACAACAUGUUGAAGUACAAAUACCUCAAUGAGUUCGAUCGGGCCAUGAACGAGGCGGAGCAACGCUAUGGGUGGCUGCAUUCCGGACCCGCCUACGUCAGCUGGAAGCACGAGGGCGACAAGAUCAUCGCCUUUGAGCGUGCCGGCCUGGUCUUCGUCUUUAACUUCCAUAUACAUCAGAGCUUUACUGGCUAUCGCGUGGGCACCAACUGGGCUGGCACCUACCAGGCGGUGCUCUCCUCGGACGAUCCUAUCUUUGGCGGCCACAGCCGCAUCGAUGGCAAUGUCAAGCAUCGCUCCGACCCGGAAGGAUACGCAGGUCGGUCCAACUUCAUUGAGGUCUACAGCCCAUCACGUACGGUUGUCGUCUAUGCCCGUGUCAGCGACUAAACGCGAUUAGCAUGAGCUCAGAUCACUGAAAUUAUUAACGCCUAAACGAA